GUGUACGAGAUAUUAGUACGACGGGCGAGCUCAAGGGCCUUCACUUCGGUUUUUAUCCACCGCUACUAGUGCGAGAAACAAAGAGGUUAUCUUGAUAUCCUCCCCCUUCCCUUCUCGUACACUGACGUCCUGUCUCUAAGAAGUAACAGAAACAGCACCCUUUCAACAAUGCCGGGCCCAACAAGCAUUGCGGACGCCGUCGGGAUCCACUCGGUGGCCCUCCCUAUUGUCUUCCUCGUCGUCUACGUCGCGCUGUUCUUUGUGUUCUUGUGGAAACUCCGCAGGAACCCUGUGGCCGUCUUCAUCUUCAUGGUGGCCUUCUGCGUUUUCAGAGUGGCUGCCUUUGCCGUCCGUGCCGCCAUUGCCGCGUCCGACAGCCUCCAGAACGACCUCAACUGGGUCCUGACCGCCAACAUCAUCUACACCAUUGGCUUCUUCGGCCUGGUCUACUCUGCAUACAGCCUAUUGGUUCGCAGGGCGUUCGUCGUUCGUGACUUGCUGCGUGGCCCCUUCGGCAGGCUGCUCCCCCGCGUGUUGAUUAUUGUCCGAGUUUCUCUCGUCGCCGCCAUCACUCUCGGGAUUACCGGUGCCUGCUUGUUUGCUCUCGCGGACCCGGGCUCCGAGAAGAAAACUCUUGGAGACACACUCAGGCACGUUAGUCUGUGGAUCUUCUUGGUUCUUGUCGCGCUCCUUUUGGUGAAUUGCCUGUUUGUCUUGAGGCACGACCAUAGCCGGUCUAUGCUCGUCCUCACCGCCAUCGCCGCUCUUCUGUUUGCCCGCGAGCUCUACCAAAUCCUCGCCUGGAACAAGCCCGAGGCCACCGACGAAAUCUACUUCUUCACGCUCUCUUGUCUCACCGAGUUGAUCGCCGUCAUCCUCUUCCUGGUCCCCAACGUCGUGCCGAGCAAGAACGAAGUCGAGUUUUCGCCCCACCGUAACAAGGAUUACGUUUAGUCGUGCAAGUUUCUGCUUGCCAGUCCGAAUAUCGGGUACACCAACCAUUCCCCAUGUUUUUUCUUUGAUCGCGGGAGAACGUCUUCGGUCGGCGUGAACCGUUUUCCCCUCCUAACUUUCCCUAUCUUACAUUAAUUUCGAGAGACUGGCUCUCUCUUUCUCCUCUCCAUAAACCAUGUAGUGGCUGACUUUUCAAAAAUGUGUGCAUAGACUUCGUCGGCGUAUAUGUAUCAUUAUUCUGUACCAAAUUGUG